UACUUGUUCACGAAAUUAGGCAAUAUGGAAUCACAGUCUGGUAACUAAUCUUGUUUUCUCUACAAAAAAAAAAUGAUUCUGUAUUGACAGAGUUACUGGAGUUAAUGAGUUCCCCAGGUUGAUCACCAUGGCGCAUGUACCGAAAACCCCAGAGCAAGAUGUAUAAAAGGAGAAUCAAUGUCCCCCUACUGUAAAUAUGAAACCAGGCUGAACAAAUUGGAGGACACCUUUUUGCUCAUUAUCGGCUCAGGUGAUUGUGGGCAAGAAAAACUAAAGUAAAGCAACAAAGAGAAGAAAUCAGACCCUGAAAUGAGCUCCCUGAAUUCCACCCUCUCUCUAAAUACAACUUUUGUGCGUCCCCCAUUUUUUUUCAUCACUGGUUUUCAUAACAUGCCCCAUGCCAAAUACUACUAUAUUUUCCUGUGCUCUGUUUUUGUGGUCUCUCUGUUGGGAAACUCCUUUGUCAUGUUUAUUAUAUACACAGAGCGCAGUUUUCACACCCAAAAGUAUUUGGCCAUUUUUAAUUUGGUCGUAGCUGACUUAGGCGAAAGCACUGCUCUCAUUCCAAAUGUAAUUGCAUUGUUUCUUUUUGAUUCACAAUACAUCUCCUUUGACGCUUGCUUGGCCAACAUGUUUUUUGUGUUUUUAUUUGCCAGUUUACAGUCUCUCACUCUUACCGUUCUAGCCUAUGAUAGAUUGGUGGCAAUAUGCUCGCCACUGAGAUACCAUGCCAUCAUCACAAUGCAAGCAAUGGCUGUGAUGUUAACAGUGGUGUGGGCAUAUGAUUCAGUUUUAAUUAUUUUAAUGGUGGCUUUGAUUACCAGAUUGUCUUUUUGUAAAUCCAUUGUGGUAAAAAGCUACUUUUGUCGACAUGAGUCCAUAUAUAGUUUGGCAUGCAAUGACAAUUUUAUCAAUCAUGUAAUAUCAAGAUUUAAUGUGACAUUAUUUGUUUAUAUACCCUUUCUUUUGAUUGUACUGUCUUAUUUUUUUAUUGCUGGUGCACUGUCUAAAAUAGCUUCAUGGGAAGGGCGAUUUAAAGCCAUUAAGACUUGUUCUGCACACCUAAUGCUGGUGUCUUUACAUUACCUUCCAGUAAUAGGCACGCACAUUACGUUACUAACUUCAACCCUUAAAUCUGAUGCGAGUAUAAUGAUUUUGUCAAUUGUAAAGGCCGUUACCCCCAUGAUGAACCCAAUCAUUUACGUGCUGAACACAGAAGAGGUAAGGGUAUUCUCUAAAAAACUUCUAAAUAAAAAAAACAAAAACAAAACUGCAACAGAAAUAAAAAAAAACUAAAAAAUGGAACAAAUUCAUAUUACAAGACUUUUGCUUUUAACUGUAUCACAAACUGCAGUCUGUGAAACCAGAGGUGGAGGCAGCAGUUACAAUUCCUUAGCCUCUAUGGAAAUGGUUGCAAAUGUUAAGAAAUUCUCAAAAUAUAAUUUUCAAAACCAAGAAUUGUCAGUUUUUAGUCUGCUAAGGGACAUUAGGCAGGAUUACUUUAUGGGAGGAACACAAAUGGAAUGUGCUCAAUUUUAAAAAGACCUGGGAGCAAUGUUUGAUCAAAGCCUUUCAAGUUUUAGGCACAGCGUGCUGU